CCACCGAGUCACCCUACGGGUACCACAUGGGUAUAGAUUAUAAAACUACAACAAUUCUUCUGGAUGGCCGACGAAUCAAGCUACAGCUCUGGGAUACAUCAGGGCAAGGGAGAUUCUGCACCAUAUUUCGGUCUUAUUCAAGAGGUGCUCAGGGAGUAAUACUUGUGUAUGAUAUCACAAAUCGUUGGUCAUUUGAUGGAAUCGAUCGAUGGAUAAAAGAAAUAGAUGAGCAUGCUCCUGGUGUACCAAAAAUCCUGGUUGGAAAUCGCCUUCACUUAGCCUUCAAGCGCCAAGUGUCUACUGAACAAGCACAAGCCUAUGCUGAGAGGCUGGGCAUGACUUUUUUUGAAGUCAGUCCACUUUGCAAUUUUAAUAUUACAGAGUCCUUUACUGAGCUAGCAAGAAUAGUAUUGAUGAGACAUGGAAUGGACAGGCUCUGGAGGCCGAACAAGGUAUUGAGUCUGCAAGACCUUUGUUGCCGUGCCAUAGUUUCCUGUACCCCUGUGCAUCUUGUUGACAAGCUCCCUCUCCCUGUUGCCUUAAGAAGCCAUCUCAAAUCUUUCUCCAUGGCAAAUGGCCUUAAUGCCAGGAUGAUGCAUGGACGCUCAUACUCCCUCACAUCCAGCAACAUCAGUAAAAGGAACAGUUUAAAGAAAGCUAAAAUUAUCCGUCCACCACAGAGCCCACCAAAAAACUGUACAAGAAACAGCUGUAAAAUUUCUUAAGCUCUCUGUGGGAAAAGGAACCUGGAUGGAAUCCCCUCAUGUGAAGCCUUGAACACAAGGACUCCUUGUAUAAUGGUCGAGCACGCUCUAUGUAUGUAUCACACUACAUAGACAAAAAUAAGAGAAAUAAUUCUUGUUUUAGAGCUUGCUCACUACAGUAAUGCUGCUUUGGAAUGAAUUACAUGUUCAGUGCAACUGAAAGGACGUGACAUUUUGCCGUUGGAUUUUCGUACUGCAUUUUAGUUUCUGAUGUGCAUGAUGCCAUUGGUUUUACUAGUAGAUGUGUUUUCAUAUAGGGGAUAAUUAUCAUCAUAUUCAGUUCUUAAUUCCAUGAAAUCUGGAAAGUGACUUAUUCUGUAAUUGUAUAAAAUCCUGUCUUUUUGCAAACUAUUCAGAAAUAUAAAAAGGAGUCAUCGGUUUGCAUAUUCAGGCAGAGGUUUUUAAAUGCAAUGUAUUGUAUACAUUGUUAAAUUCUACAAAUGGUGUGGCAAAUCCUAGUAAUCCUGCAGUUGUGCAUUUGGAUUUUUUGUAAAGCUUCGUUGAUAACUUUGAAGCACUAACUUAACUAAGCUAAAAAUGUAUAUAUAGUUAUUAUGCACAUACACAACAAGGUUUUGUCCCAUUAGUGUAUGUAAUAGAUUU